AUGUACUCGCAAGCCACGAGCUUUGGCUGGCUCGCCAUUCGAAACUUUACCUACUGUCUCUCUCCCAACCCUGAUUCUCCCAACAAACCGCGUGGAGCUCAACCCCCGAGGGAGAUAUAUACGUCGCUCAGCACUUCUGCUAGCUCGCAAAAGGUACCGAUCGGAACAGGCGAUAGUGUGGUGGUGUUGUACCAUCCAGAAAACACCAACAAGGCCAUUGCGUGGUGCAACACGUUGGUGGCGUUUCAGAGCAUGGAUCACGUGAACUGUCACUCUGCGUUUCCGACUUGUCAGAGGUGCGAUGCUUUGAGGUCGAAAAAGCAUGCAGAAGGGAAGAACGGACAAGCAGCAGAAGGAGAAAGAGCGAGUAAGGCACCGAGUGGCAAGUUGGGAAUGCCGAAGCCGGUCAAAGCUGCGGGUGGACCAGUACAGAGGGAUAUUGGUGGAGUCGAGGCCAACCAUCCAAGCGAUGGGUCAGCACAGCGCACUCAGCUGCAGGCAUUGCCCGGGACUGCGUCUAGAGAGACGACAAUGCGGCUAUUCGGCUCAACCGCCGACGUCGACGUGGAUGCCUCGUCGGAUCCCGAGCUCGAGGCAGCCAUUUCCGAGUUUCAGGAUUACUGCGAGAACAAAUUGACACUGGCAGUGCGGGCGGACUGCCCCCUGCACAUUGUGAAGGGCUGGAAGGACGAGCCGCCAUUCGACCUGCAGCGUUAUUGCAUGUCGUUGAAAGGCACAGAUGGCUCGACGCUUCACACGAACGAUGAUCCGAAUUCAAGCUCUGGCGAACCAGGUGACCCCGCAGGCAGUACGACCCGUAACGAUGGUACGGAAAAACCUGGCGAGGCCGAAACACCAUCAAAAGAAGGACAGGAGAACAGCCACCUUAAGGUCGGGCCGGGAGCGGAAGGCGCAAGGGGCGUGGUGGACCCAGACGAUCCAGUGAUCCCGUUACCGGUUGCUGAAGGUGGACCCCCCAGCACCUCUCCACCACCAAUGCCCCAGCAGCCGCAACCGCAACCGCAACCGCAACGAAAGACCCCCUGA